AUGGCGGCGAAUCUCGUUAUAGCGGCGGGUUCAUCCGCCCUCGCAACCGCCCUCGAUACAAUGCCCCAGUGGGGCCCGUACCUCUCCGCGUGGCUCGCCUCUCUUUCCACCACCUCCCUGCGUCCCGGUCUAUUUCUCUUCGCCUUAGGAGGCGGCUAUCUCGGCCAUGGCGUGGACGCUCUUCUCCUUCUCGCUGCUCAUCUUCUCGCCUGCGCAUGUCAAACCCCGCUCCGCCCAUCUUCAUCUCUCCCCCCUCGCCCGCGCGUCCCCCCCCUUCAGGCCAUGGCAUGGACGCUAUUCUCCUUCUCGCUGCUCAUCUUCUCGUCCGUGGCGGUGGUGGCGGCGUUCGUGGGGCACACGACGCUGGGCUACGGGCUGCUGGCGUCCGCGGGCGCCACGGGGCUCGCCUCCGAGUUCCUGCUCAUGGCCUCGCUCCUCACCUUCGAAUGCCCCAGUCCGGCAGCGGCGGCGGCAGAAGAAGCAGAAGCAGAAGCAGAAGCGGCGGCGGAAUCAGCUGGUGUUGCGCUGCCCGUGACGGAGAGGGCGUGCAGGGGGGGCGGCAGCGUGCAGGGGAGGGUGGGGGGCGUGGCGUGGCGCGCAGUGGCGGUGCGGCCGGCGCAGUGGACGGAGAGAGAGCUGUUCAUGGCGACGAGGAGCGCGAGGGAGGUCGCAGGGGCCGCCGUGAGAGGGGUGAUGAUGGGAGUGGUGGAGACCGUUACAGUGGUACGUGGAGGGGGCGAAAGGCGGGGGGAAGCGCAGGGGGAAGGGCGGGUGUUACUGGGGAAUGUAGGAGGGGUGGCGGCGAGCGAUGGCAUGGGUACGACAGUGGAGCAGGAUGUUGGGGGGAGGGAUGACCAACAUCCUAUUGUCAAUAGAAGCAGCACCAGCAGCAGCAGCACGGGCGGCAGCAGCAGCGACGGCAACAGCACGUGUGAUUCAGCUACUAGCAGCAUGGGCAAUGAGUGGUCACUGAGUGUGUGCGAGGUGCUGUGUGCAGCGCUGCUCACAGCCAUGGCAUGGGCGUUUGCGUACUGCGUGAUCUGCCCCGGGGGAUACGAGCGGUCGGGGAGAGGAGAGCGCAAGUGGGUGCAGAGAAUAGUGAUGCCACUAUUGGAGGAGGCAGCAGCAGCAUAUUUCCACGGGAUCAGCAUUGUGAAGGAGGGCGCAUGGAGGGCAGCACAACGCACAGGGAGGAGUAGAUGGAAGCAUGAGGAGCACGAUAAGCAAGAAGAGGAGGAGGGUUGCAAGGAGGAGGAGGAGCAGCGAUCAGGGAGUGAAGAGGAGUGUGUGGAGGGCAAGGCUGGUGAUACCACUGCUGCAUCCCCUUCGCGCCCCCUCAUAUUUACCUACCACCCGCACGGGUUGAUGCCGGCAGUGAUGGCAUGGUUCCCGCUCUCCUCCGCCUUCCGCGCUCUCUUCCCCGCCACGCGCCCCGUGCCGCUCGUCGCCUCCGUGUGCUUCCGCAUCCCCCUCGCACGCACCUACUGCCUAUGGGGCGGGGUGCGCGAGGUGUCACGACAGGGCUUCCUCACAGCACUCAAGGACACGGGCGCUGCUGUGCUCUGCCCUGGCGGACAGUCGGAGCUAACAUACCACGCCACCAACCAGUCGUCGUGCAUCGCGCUGUGUGCGCGCAAGAUCGGAUUCGUGCGCAUCGCAGUGCAGAGCAACGCCCUGCUCGUGCCCACACUCAGCUUUGGCGAGCCCCACUCCUUUGACAACCUCUUCCACUGGCCCUCCCUCCAGCGGUUCACCUACCGGAGAUUCGGCUUCCCGAUCCCCUUCUGCCCGGUCGGCUUGUUCGGCUGCCUUCCUCUCCCCCGCGACCGCCCCAUGACUCUGGUCAUGGGCCGCCCUUUCGACCCGCGCUCUCUCAUCCCCACUAUUGACUCAGAAGACCCGUCGUACGAAGACCUUUGCACGAUCCGGGAUUAUUAUUAUGCAGAGGUCAAGGCUCUCUUUGAUCGGCACAAGGCGAUUCACGGCUUCCCACACCUCACCCUAGAGCUGCGCAAGUAG